AUGGCAACAAGCUUGUGGGCUUUGUUAUGUGCACCUGGCCGAGUCACCACACCACUCGCUGGAUUUUUAGGAUCCUGUGGAUGGCUACCAUUUUCCCAUCAAGCAGAGCACUUAAUGUCUUGUUCUGGUACCCAGCUGGACAGCAACCAUCGCAAGCGUCUAACUUCUGAAUUCUUCCGCAACACAAUCACUGACCCCACGACCCCACUGACGCAAGAUACCGAUAGCUUGUCUGUCCUGGAAACACCCGUGUUUUUGAGUCAUGGGGGUGAUGAUCCCUAUGUCUCCAUCAGUCUAGGUCAACAGGCAGCACAAGUUUUGAGGGCAAUUGGCAUGAAUGUUGAGCAACAUGAGUUCACGGGAGCAGAAGCAGACGGACACUGGAUCAAGGAGCCUGAGGGAUUUGACCAGAUUCUGCGGUUUAUCCAGCAACACAAGGCGAACAGUCAUACCGUCUAG